UCAGUUUUGUCACCUGGCCGGCCCACAGCUCAAACAGUUUUCGGUCUCCAAAAGAUUAACAAACCAAAAUUUUCGGAAAAUUCAAGAAUUUACAAUUUGUUAAUUCAGAGAACUUUCAUCGUUUGAUUAUAACUUCAUUAUGGUUUCUUAUUUGGUUAUGCUGCUCACAUCUAUAGUGCAAAUUGGGCUUCAGACCAGCCUCUUCGUGAAUAUCGAUCAACCGAUGCCGGUGCCGGGGAGCUUCUACGCCAGCUUCAUGAUGUACUGCGGUUUCCUGCACUUUCUGGAGGACAUGGUGCUGCUGCCAAAGAGGUACAAGCGUCGGCUGUUCUGGCCAAUGCGCUUCGUGAUCGAACUGACGUUAAGCAUUGCCGUCAUGGAGGUGUUGGCUCUGGUCCUCUGGGCCCGAAUUGAGCUCAUCAUCUGUCUGUGGGUGAAGGCGGCGCUUUGCUACUACGGCAAUAUGUGCGAAGAGGAGUGCCUACAGCACGAGGCAACCAUUCUGGGCUCUCUGCUGAUAUCGAUAGCUGCGCUCUUCUGGAUGAGUGCUGUGGUGGCCACGGAACCCUUGCAGAAGUCCGGCAAGGAGAAACCGCAGACUAAGGGAAAGAGCUUCAAGCAAGAAGAGGAGGAAAUGCAACAUCAGGAAGAUAUAGAAGAGCAGCAGGAUCAGACACAACAGCAGACGCAACUGGAGCAGCUGGAGAUGCAGUGCCCAGUGCCGUCAAAGUAUCUAAUCCUUGCCGAUGCCGCGGCAAUGUCUUCGCAAACCUAAAAGUUGCAGUUCCUCUACUAAAAGUGCGGUAGUAGAAGACGAAUACAGGGGGAAAACCCAGAAAAUCAAUAGCCAUUCAACAGAAAAGCAAAUGACCGAAAUUCACAUUCAAUGAAAUAGUUUUAUUAAAAGUUCUUCAAUUACAGAACCCUUUAAGAUUGA